AUGCCCCUCUACGCAAAGUUCCUGAAGGAGCUCAUGACAAGAAAAAGAAACUGGGGAGAAAAAGAGACUGUAGUCCUAAGUGAGGAGUGUAGUGCCAUCAUACAAAAGAAACUCCCCAAGAAAAUGAAGGACCCAUGGAGUUUCCAAAUCCCCUGCAUCAUAGGGGAUAUCACUAUUGAAAAGGCUUUAUGUGACUUGGGGGCUAGCAUCAAUCUCAUGUCCUUGAACAUGAUGAGGAGGAUGAGAAUUGAGGAAGCCAAACCAACAAGAAUGGCACUCCAACUAGCUGACAGGACAUUAAAGUUUCCACAUGGAGUGGUGGAAGAUUUGUUGGUGAAGGUGGGAGAAUUCAUCUUCCUAGUUGACUUUGUUGUGCUGGAUAUGGAAAAAGAUGGUGGACACAAAGGAGAACUAGUCUUGAGACUAUAUGAGGAAAAGAUGGUCUUCAACAUCUUCAAGGCAAUGAGUUAUCCCAAGGAAGCAAAAGGAGAAUGCAAGAUGGUGGACACCAUAGAACAAAUAGUCCAAGGAGUCUUGGAAGAAGAGCAAUAUGAAAGAAGUAUGGAAUUAGAGCAACAAGCACCACAUGAAGAACCACCACAAGGAAGCAUGGAAAGUUCAAUCAUGACAACCCGCACAGACAACAAUGGAGAAGAGGCACCAAAACUAGAGCUAAAAACCCUACCUCCAAACUUGAAAUAUGCCUAUCUAGGUGACAACAGCACCUACCCAGUGAUCAUCAACUCAAGCUUGAGUAAGAGCAAGAAGAAGAGUUCAUCCAAGUGCUAA